AUGCACAAGCUCCACCACAGUCUGGACCUUCACUUCCUGAUCACAGUUCACACCAAGUUUGCCCCCUACUGGUGCUUCGGCCUCAUCGAGCAGCUCUUCAGAAAGACCAGAGUGAACACUUUGUCUGAGAUUGCUGGUGUUGUGAAGGACAUCACUGUGACAGGGGUCAACAGCCCACAGCUGGUUGGACUGGAGGAUGGUACGGUGCUGGUGGAAAGCUAUGACUGGCAACAACACCUGAUGAAGCAGGACCAGCACUUCAGUUAUUUCCUGUUUUACAGCUUCGAUGCUCUGGAGCCUAGUGUUGUUGUUUACAGCUUCGAUGCUCUGGAGCCUAGUGUUGUUGUUUACAGCUUCGAUGCUCUGGAGCCUAGUGUUGUUGUUUACAGCUUCGAUGCUCUGGAGCCUAGUGUUGUUGUUUACAGCUUCGAUGCUCUGGAGCCUAGUGUUGUUGUUUACAGCUUCGAUGCUCUGGAGCCUAGUGUUGUUGUUUACAGCUUCGAUGCUCUGGAGCCUAGUGUUGUUGUUUACAGCUUCGAUGCUCUGGAGCCUAGUGUUGUUGUUUACAGCUUCGAUGCUCUGGAGCCUAGUGUUGUUGUUUACAGCUUCGAUGCUCUGGAGCCUAGUGUUGUUGUUUACAGCUUCGAUGCUCUGGAGCCUAGUGUUGUUGUUUACAGCUUCGAUGCUCUGGAGCCUAGUGUUGUUGUUUACAGCUUCGAUGCUCUGGAGCCUAGUGUUGUUGUUUACAGCUUCGAUGCUCUGGAGCCUAGUGUUGUUGUUUACAGCUUCGAUGCUCUGGAGCCUAGUGUUGUUGUUUACAGCUUCGAUGCUCUGGAGCCUAGUGUUGUUGUUUACAGCUUCGAUGCUCUGGAGCCUAGUGUUGUUGUUUACAGCUUCGAUGGUCUGGAGCCUAGUGUUGUUGUUUACAGCUUCGAUGCUCUGGAGCCUAGUGUUGUUGUUUACAGCUUCGAUGCUCUGGAGCCUAGUGUUGUUGUUUACAGCUUCGAUGCUCUGGAGCCUAGUGUUGUUGUUGUCACCAAGGAGCGUUCAGACUCAGUCGGGACCAGGUUUCAGCUGCUGCACAACACUGACAUCCUUCCUCCCAUAGAUGGUCUGCCUGUACAGGCACCACCUGGACUGGACACAGUUUGACAAACGGAUCUUUUUGAGAAGAUCAGGGAGUUUUGCAAUGAAGAGGCUAUGGACAUCACGUGCCCUGCACCAAAGUCAAGGGCAGGACAGAAACAGGCUCUCCGAAUAUAGAUUCCCUUGUUCAUGCGUGGUACAGACAGACCAGUCAUCAGCACUAUCUGCAGUGCCUCUAUUCAAAUGACUCUCUGCUAACACACACGCCAUGCAUUGCUGCUACUAUCUAUUUAUUGUUUUAUCCUGCUGCUCAGCCACUUUAAACCCGAUUGUAUUGUUGGAAUUGGCUAAACUUUGAACAUUGAGAUAGUAAAUGAAUGACAGGAAAUGAAAGAGACUGGGUUUUAUGUCUCUGUAGGAGGACAGAUAGCUGUGGAAUGUGUUGGGGGACAGGAGCAGGGCACCGUGUUGAUACAGGGGAGACAGAUGGACAUCUGUGGAUUAGGUGAAGGAGGGGUUGAGGUCAGAACAGAGAUGUGUUGAUACAGGGGAGACAGAUGGACAUCUGGGUAUUAGGUGAAGGAGGGGUUGAGGUCAGGACAGAGAUGUGUUGAUACAGGGGAGACAGAUGGACAUCUGUGGAUUAGGUGAAGGAGGGGUUGAGGUCAGGACAGAGAUGUGUUGAUACAGGGGAGACAGGUGGACAUCUGUGGAUUAGGUGAAGGAGGGGUUGAGGUCAGGACAGAGAUGUGUUGAUACAGGGGAGACAGAUGGACAUCUGUGGAUUAGGUGAAGGAGGGGUUGAGGUCAGGACAGAGAUGUGUUGAUACAGGGGAGACAGAUGGACAUCUGUGGAUUAGGUGAAGGAGGGGUUGAGGUCAGGACAGAGAUGUGUUGAUACAGGGGAGACAGAUGGACAUCUGUGGAUUAGGUGAAGGAGGGGUUGAGGUCAGGAGGUGAGGACAGGUCACCUGAAGGGAGUAAUAAGGGUUUGGGAUCUUGUUACUCUUUUCCUGUUAAAUCAUAAGAAGGAUUGGAGAGAAGGAGAAGUGUCUUAAGUGGGAUAUAAAUAUCUGGAUGAGACAA